AUGGUGGAUUCUAUUAGUCAGAUAGCAUCUGCCCUUGAAUCUGCUAAAGCUAUAACCUUAGAAGCUGCGGCUGUCGCAUCUUCUAAGCUCGGUGAAUCGUCCUAUACACAUUACUCAAAGAAUCUAAGCACACAGCAAUUAAGAAAUUUGCUCAACUCAAGGAAUUCUAGGGAAGUUAAGGAUGCUAUGAAAAGAAUAUUGAGUAUACUUGCAUCAAAUGAUACGUCAAUUGAUAUAGAGGAAUUUUUCUCAGAUGUCGUUAAAAAUAUUAGUUCAGACGAUAUCAAAGUUAAAAGAAUGGUGUACUUAUAUCUACUGCGAUACGCCGAAAAGGAUCAGAAUCUAGCCUUAUUGUCUGUCAAUGCUAUUCAGAAGACUUUAGGCGAUAGUAAUCCUGAUGUUAGAGCAUUUUCAUUAAAAGCAUUAUCUGACAUUAAAAUACCAUCCCUGACACCAAUUGUAUUACUUAGUGUAAGGAAGUUAAUAGUUGAUCCUUCCCCUGUGGUGAGAAGUGAAGUUCUGUACACUUUGAUGAAGCUGUAUAGAUGGAAACGAAAUGAAUUAGAAGAAGAUAUCAUAGAUCUAUACACUGGAUUAUUGUGUGACUCUGAUCCUAAAGUGAUAUCUUCAGUUUUAGUUGUAUUUAAAGAAUGUUUCCCUGAUAGAUUAGAACUAUUGCAUGGUCAUUAUCGUUAUUUUUGUCAAAUCUUAAAGAAACUUGAUUCAUGGGCUCAGUCAUACCUUAUUGAAACAUUAAUACGAUACUGUAAGAGAUAUAUAAUUAAACCAAUGGUGGUUGAUAUUUCUUCUUCUGACAGAUCUAGUAAUUGUGUGCCUCUACCUGAUAAAUAUAAUCAGAUUAUGUUCCCAGUCUAUGAGUUAAGAAUGGAUAAAGAUUUAGAAUUAUUUAUUAGUAGUUUGAAGAUUCUCAGAUUUAGUACAAACCCUGUAGUAAUUAUAUCAUGCUGUAAUGCAUUCUUUCAGUUAACAACACCCAAUGAUUUUAGAAACUCAGGUUUCCCAGAUGUCUUAACUAACAUUGCUAUUGCCUCCUCCAACGUUGGAGUGAAGAGUCUUUUGCUACAAUCCAUAUUAUUGUAUUCGAAACUAGAUUCUACCUUAUUCCAACAAUUUAAUAGGGAAUUUUUACCAUUUCCAAGCGAUGAUACAACGAUUGUAUGUUUGAAGUUAGAAAUAUUAGCAACUUUAAUAAAUGAUACAAAUGUUGAAUUUAUUCUUCGUGAGUUGAAAAAAAUUGUCAAACAUCAAAAGAACGAAAAGAUCAUUAUUGUAGCUUCGCAAACUAUGGCAUCAUGUGGUAAACUAUCUGUGACAUUAGAAUCGCACAUUAUGAAGUGGUUCAUUAAAGUAAUUGAGACAGAAAAAAGUGGGCUGACUAAUAACAUAUUGGAUUGUUUCGUUAAUAUUAUAAGGGAGCUUGUCUCAGCAAAUCCAAGAAGACAUCUCAAAUUUAUUUUGAAAUUGGCCGAUUUAUUGACCACCAAUCAUGUCAGGGCGGAUAAUGCUCGAGCAGGUAUCAUUUGGCUAUUUGGUGAGAUUGCUGGGAUUGAAUUUAAAGUAUGUCCUGAUAUAGUAAGAAUUUUAAUAAAUGGAUUUGUGGACGAAGGACCAGAAUCAAGAAGACAAUUGAUUUUAUUAAGUGCUAAAUUGGUAUCCUAUGAAUACGAUAUAAGCAAUGAAAAUUCUAAUGGAUCAUAUAACGUGGAGGACUCUCGUGUUAUGAAAAUGUUCCAAUAUCUUGCAUAUUUGGGUCAAUUUGAUGAUAAUUAUGGUGUUAGAGAUAUGGUACGUUAUCUAACUUCUCUAUUUGAUAGCGGUAAGUACGAAAUUGCAGCAUUAUUAUUACAGGCACCUAAACCAAAUAUUUGGGAUAAACCUAUACUUGAUGGAGAUUCCGAUUUUGUUGAAGACACCGAAGAUAUUGAUCAUGAUCUAAUAACGUACCAUUCAUAUAUUCCAUGGGAUGUAUCAGAUGAUGUAAUCGAUUCUAAGACCUUGGAUAUGCGUGAACCAUUGCCGUUGAAAGAUUAUAAUAAAUUCAAGAAAAGCUUUUCAUCUGAAAACUACGUUGAUACUUCAAAUUCCUUUGUACGUGAUAAUGCGUCAGAGGAAAUACCUACAGACACUACGAGUACUCAUAGCCCAUCUGUGACUAGAAAUAGUUUUACCUCUAGUACAGGCAAGAAAUACAAAUUGCAAAGUCUUGAUGAAUUCUUCUCCGAUGUUCCAGCAAUGCGUUCCACCAAGAAAUAUAAUUCAUUACCAAAAAAGAAGAAAAUCGUUACUGUUGUGGAAAGUUCAAGUGAGGGGGAAACAGACUCCUCUGAAGAUGACGAAACAUCAGAAGACGAAUCUGAGACGUCCUCAUCUGGUUUAGAAUCUAGUGAAGAUUAG